GGUCAGUACGCAGACGUAUAUAUGUAUGUCCUUCAGUCAUUUAGUUGGCCAUCGUCCAUCAGAUCGUCCGAAAAAAUGUAUGUAUGUCCAGACAGACAGGCAAAACAGACACACACAGACAGACAGGCCGACACGACAGACAUACACGCAUCUACGCAUCAGUCCCUCCCUCCCUCCCAUUAAGCACGUGAGCACGCAUCGGUCAUCUAUCUCACCCGCCUCUCUCCCUACGUAUUAAACGUGCAGACAAGCACGUAUGAAGUGAUGUCGGCUACUCAUAUCUAAUCACGCAUUCACCAAAGAAGCACACAGCAGUGUGUUCCCUUUCCCCACUCACAAAGCACGCCAUGUAUCCAUACAAAGCACGCAAUGUGUUCCCCUUUUGCGUCCAUGCAGCGAGAGUAGGGAAGGCAGUAUGUGUCCUUCCCUUCUCCCAUCCACGCCACGCAAAGCACGCAUCAAGCGAGCACAAGAAAAACAGGCAACACACACGCCACGCGUUAUAUUCUCCUCUCCCCAUGCACGCAAAGCAUGCAGUGAGUUCCCUUUUGCAUUCAUGCAGCGAGAACAGGGAAAGCAGUAUGUGUCUUCCCCUCCCUCGCCCACGCCACGCAAAGCACGCAUCCAGCGAGCACAAGAAAGACAGGCACCAUUUACGGACACGUAGAAAAAGCACACCCCUCUCCCCCCAUUGAGUGUCACUCACAUGUCCAUCUCUAUACGUACGAGGCUCGUACGCAAAGCAAGUAGCCUGCGUCUGUCUGUACGCCAAGCUCUUACUUCUGUCCGUCCAUCGGUCACCAAUAAUCAUCAACCUACAUACACAUACACGCACGAUGCACACAACGCUCCUUCCUCCCUCUGUAUCCCACCUCUCCUGAGGAAGCUGAGGAUAGGGGCUUCCUUGUCCUCGUUGGGGGUGAAACUGCCGUCUUGAAUAAACACAGCAAGUUGAUUCCACGUGAGGGGGUGGAAGUUGAACCCCUCUUCAUCAUGUGGACAGCUGAGUAAUACGUGGGUGUUGUUCUCAUCCUCCAUAUCAACCAGUAGCAGAAUAUCCCCUUUGGUGGUGUGUUUGCCGAUGACAAUAGGCACGACUUCCUUCUCUUGCAUCUCAGCGAGGUCGUCCGACUUGGUGGUUUUCGCCCUCUCCUUCUCGCCAGUCUUCUUCUGAAAGGAGUUGCCCAUUGUGAAUUGAGAGAGGGAGAAUGCGGGGCACAGGAGGGUUGCGGGAUGGCAGAUGCGAGCGAGAGGGGCUGGCAGGGAGCCGAGAGGGGACGCUGGGAGGCCGAAACAACAGCGGACGCCAGUGUGUCCG